AAUUUCCAAUUCCUUCCUUUCAAGCCUCUCGAAACUGUUGGUGCCGCAGCCACUGUAGUCCCCUUUUCACAACGUCACAUGUCCUUCAGAAUCUGGAAAUCUCGUCGAUUUGAACCACCAUGGCUAUCCAGGUAACAGAAGCGGACCAGGUUAAACAGUUUAAAGAAUUUCUUGGCACCUACAACAAACUCACCGAGAACUGCUUCAUGGACUGUGUGAAGGAUUUUACCACAAGAGAAGUAAAGUCAGAGGAGUCCACCUGCUCGGAGAGCUGCCUGCAGAAGUACCUAAAGAUGACCCAGCGCAUCUCCAUGCGCUUCCAGGAGUACCACAUCCAGCAGAACGAAGCCCUGGCUCAGAAAGCAGGCUUAAUGGGACCACGGUAGAGAAAUUCUGCCCUUUACACGCCCAUCCAGUCUGGUCCCAACUCAAUGUGAAUCAGUGGAUGGCUAACACCAGCCACAAACUUGUCCUUGUCUACCUCCACUACUUCUUAGGCUGGGGCUGAUGAUGGCUUGGACACUUUUAUCCAGAAAAGCCUGAUCAUGAUGUAUGAGAUCAUGUUGACUUGCGAUCCAGGCAGAACAUGAGAUAAAAAUAAAGUAGCUACCUUUGUUUUUAUUAUAGUCAAAGUCUGAUUGUUGAAUAAGGUAAUGACAAUCCUGGGUAUUAGUCUGUCUCCUUUAUUCUAUGAUAAUGCCCAUUUGUUCUCUGAACUGUUUCUGCACCAUUCAUUAAACAUUGGCAUACUGCUAAAUUACC